AUGAGAAUAGAUCUUUUCAUAUUUGCUUUUGAUUGGUCCGUUCGCGAACUCUUCUCGGAGAAUUGGUUUUAUCGUAGAAUCGGUUAUCACGUCAAUCAGACGAUGUACGUGGGCUCUAUUAAGUCAUUCGUAAUGGCCGAAGAAACAUCACCAAGGGAGCUUGCAACGCCGUCAAAAUCGUCUAACUUGCCGGUUCUGACGACGCCAACAGGUGGCCGCCUCUACAAUCCCUUCCACGAGGACUACGUGGCUCACCUUGAUGAGGCCACCGUCACCCCAGGCCUCUUUGUGCCGCCGAACAGGUUUGCCUCGAGGAGUGAGGCAGCAAAACCCAUCCCCUUUGUCUGGUCUCCUGAGAUUAAGGGGGAUCACUUUCCUACCGAAAUUGACGAAAAUCCCACCUAUCAACUCCAAAUGCAGCAGAAGCUGGAUGCGGAUGUCGAGGAAGCUGCACAAAGCAAGAUAACAAAGUAUUUCCAAAGUAACAUAAUAGCUCCUAGUCCCGAUGUGUCUAGAAAACCUUUUACAGUGGAAGUUCAAACCAGCAUGUCUGUAGCCCCGGACACCGAUCUACCUUCCCUUCUACAGAAGGCCAUAGGGCUUGAGGAGAAGGAGAAUGUUGUUUGCGGUGGAGAGGGUUCGAAUCUCUACCAAUGUGGGGUCAUCUUCUCUGAGGCCAGUGCGGAGCGUACGGAGGAUUCCUAUCUGCGUUACCCCAGCGCCAUAUGCCCAUCUUGCCUGAGAGGGAAUCUGCCGAGUUUCCGAAAACGACGUAGUCUCUUUGCUGAAAGCUUUGAUAUGGACACAGUCAAGGAUGUUGCAGCUUCCCCUGAUGAUACUCGCAGCAUUCACGAUACCCAGUUUGUUUCGGCUGAGGAUAUGGAAGCUAUGGCAGAUGACCUCGGCCUGCCAGUUAACUGGGCUUCCGAAUCAAUCUCCUUGAGCUCUCGUUGCCAAAACAAAAGAAGUCCCAAGGAUGUUGAUAGGUUUAAUCAAAGUGGCAACACCAAUCUAACUGGACUCCUAGAACAUGCAGGAAUUGGUUCGUGUAGAACACCCUCUUGCGGACCCAAAAAGUCUCAUCUAUUUGAGCCUGUGAGUCCACUAGUGGGUGGCAGGACGAGCCCGGAGGGGCGGGGUCUGCAGCGGCCCCUGCCCCUCUCCUUCACCAUGGAUGACGAAGACGAUAAGUAUGAUGGCGGCGACGGUGGCGACGAGGAGAGCACUCGCGACUCCUGCAAGCCGCUCAAGCGUCAAUGCAGCGAUGAAUCGCGCAAGCGCGGCAUGGCCAGUCCCAACCUCUCUCCCAUCUACCACCCCUGCGGCAACUCACUCAUGGACCAAGAUGAUGGCAAUUAUGUUGACGUUGACGCCCUUCCCGGCACCGUGGUCGACGCCGACGAUGACAAUAAGGGCAGCGAAAGUGCACCUUGA